UACUCCUACUACUAUUACUUCUCCAUUCAUCUCUCUCUCUCUCUCUCUCUCUUAUAUAACCACUAUUGCUUCCACAUUUCCUUCACCACUGCUCGCAGUUUUGCUGCUACCGAGCAUGACGAAGAGUCACCAAUUUCCAGCGUUUGGGUGUUGGGAUCACUGCGACGAGCUCCCCAUCACCCAGUACUUCGAGUCAGCAGUGCAGGCUGGGUUGAUCGGACGGCAUUACUUUGGCGAGGAUGGCGAUCUCUUUAAAGUGUCAACACAAGUGAGACCAGCUUACCAUCACCACCACCACAGAAAGGUCAAGAAGGGCGGUCAUGGAGGAGGAGAGAAGCACCUCGGGAAAGAACAGCAGAUGAAUCAAGAAAGAGCCAGUGAUUUGACACUCCAAACGGCCCCAAGAAGGCCUAGAAGAGCUCCCAAGGCUGUAGAUGAGGACCUGUACAAGAUCCCACCUGAACUACUCCACCAAAAGCCCAAAAGGAAGAGAUUGUUGAAGACUCUGUGGUCAGGAUGUAUGGGACUCAACAGCGUUGCCUGAGGAGAUGGAAGUACUCAUGGCUUACACAAGCUUCGGCAUCAAAUGAGAUCUUAAUUUUUGUACUUUAGUUUCUCCUGCCGUCUUUUCCUCCUCUCCACCAAUGUGAUGUGAUGUAUCAUUCAAACACCAUCAAGAAACAUUUACAGCUUGUUUACAGCAUAAACCUUGGAUUUCUUCUCUGUAGCUGGGCUUCUACAAGUUAAAGAAGAGAUAUAGGUAGCUCCUCAGUCGAACGUGCUGAGAGAGGCACCUUAUUUUGUUGUUCCGUGCAUAUGACUCUCAUAACUCACUGCACUCGAGUUCCACAGAAGCAUCUUUACCCGUGUCAGGAAUUCAAGGCAAAUGUGCUGUGUAGCUUCGAGGAGGCCCAGAAAAAGAUUCUACAGCUUGCACUUAUGGCAGCCUUUGACAGUCAAAACACUCGAAAGAGGCAAGCAUUUACUUUGAUUUAUAUCUGUUCUCUGCUUCACACCUUCCCCUU